AUGACCAAAACGGUGACCGAAUUAGUAGGAUCGUUAAGUGCAGACGAAAAGUACUUUUGCUGCGAAUUUUUCCCACCAAAAACAGAGCAGGGCGUGGAGAAUUUAAUAGGCCGCUGCCGUCGGUUGGUGGACCUUGGUGCGCUCUUUGUUAGCGUCACUUGGGCUACUGGAGGUGCAUCGGCGGAGCAGACGUUACAGCUGGCUACGCGCUUCCAACGAGAAAUUGGCGUACCUACGGUAUUACAUCUUACUUGUACGAAUAUGGAUAGAGAGAUUCUUGAUCAUGCGCUGGCAACUGCCAAAGCUGCCGGUAUUCGUAAUGUUUUGGCUUUGCGAGGAGACCCGCCUCGUGCCGAAUACAAGCAGCAGAGUGAAUUGCACUGCGCCAAAGAUUUGGUAGCCUAUAUCCGCAAAGAAUACGGUGAUUACUUCUGUAUCGGUGUCGCAGGUUACGCAGAAGGGCACGCAGAUGGUGCAGUGAGUGAGCAGAGUGUGGAGAAGGAUAUGCCUUUUUUGGUGGAAAAAGUACAGGCCGGUGCUGAUUUUAUUAUCACUCAGUUAUUCUAUGACGCUGAAAAGUUUAUCGCAUACGAAAAGCAGUGCCGGGAGCACCCAUCUGGCGUGUUAAAUUCUAUGCCUAUAAUUCCGGGGUUGAUGCCCAUCAAUUCCUAUCCUUCGCUGCUGAGAUCGGCCAAAUUGAGUUCUGCUAAUAUUCCGCCUUGUGUUCUGCAGCAUUUCGAUCACAUUGACACAAAAGAUGACGUGCAGGUCAAGGCGGCCGGCGUCAAAAUCAUCUGUGACAUCCUGCAAAAGCUGCACGAAUCCGGCACGCAGGGAGUCCAUUUCUAUACUCUCAAUUUGGAGAAGUCUGUCGCAGAAAUCGUCACCAAGUGCAACAUGGUUCAUAUGCUUCGCAACGAGCGGGAGGAGCUCCCAUCAUCGGUUGAGAGUUUGGCAACCUGGGACGACUUUACAAACGGUAGAUAUUCGGAUCCCCGGAGCGCUGCUUUCGGUGAGAUCGAUGGCUAUGGCCCGGUGAUCCAUGGUGCAGACAACGAUAGUCCUAACGAAAUGUGGGGUAAACCCACCAAGUCCGAGGAUAUUUCUCGUAUGUUUGUUGGCCAUAUUACAAACGAAAUUAAAGUUAUUCCUUUCAGUGAUCAGCCGCUGAACGCUGAAACUUCUUUGAUUCAAGAAGAGCUUAUUGCAUUGAACGAGAAGGGCUUCUGGACCCUCUCCUCCCAGCCCUCCGUCUCGGGGGCAAAAUCCACUGAUAGAAUAUUUGGUUGGGGUCCUCCGGACGGAAAAGUCUACCAAAAGGCUUUUGUUGAGUUUUUGUGUAGCUCAGAAAACUGGAACAAGCUCAAGACCAAGCUAGGCAACGAAAGCAUGACUUAUUUCGCCGCCAACGAGAAAGAUGACGUCGAAAGUAAUGCCCCUAAAGAACCAACUGCAGUUACCUGGGGUGUAUGGGGCGAAAGAACUGCUCAAAGUACCUUCUUAACUUUGGAAUCGUUCACAUCAUGGCGUGACGAAGCAUUCGAUGUUCUCCGUCAAUGGCAGAGGCUUUAUCCGUCCAGCUCCGAGUCUUUCAAGCUCCUCGACCAAGAAGCAUCUGACCGUUAUCUCGUUACUGUUGCUGCUCACGACAUGGGCGACGGCCUGUGGGAGUUUUUGCUUAAUUAG